GCACAGUUGGCAGCAGUGGCGCAUCAGCUGUUUCGCGUGGAUCUUUCGCUGCAGUUUAGCGCAAUCCAUCGUCAGUUGUGGUGUAGGAACGUAAUCGGCAAUUUAACGGAAUGAACUUAUUAAAUCGACUACCGCGGCUCGCUUGUCUGGGCACCCGCCAUCGUCAGAACAUUUCCAACUUCUGCACAAAAACCGAUGAACCGCCAAUUCCCACAAACCCGCUGAAGGAGAUAUACAGUGCCAAUAGUCAGACCGUUAAUGGAGUGAUAUACGAUAAGAAACCAUUCAAGUUACGACUUGUGGAAGGCAAGACUUAUUCGUGGUGUCUCUGCGGCCAAAGCAAAGGCCAGCCACUGUGCGACGGCACGCACAAGAACAUUUAUCUCAAGAUCAAGCAGAAACCCAUACGUUUUACCGUCACGGAGACCAAAGAGUAUUGGCUAUGCAACUGCAAGCAAACGUCGAACAGACCUUUUUGCGACGGCACGCACAAAAGACCUGACAUUCAGGAGUUGAAAGGUCGAUAGAAAAGGUGAAACUUCCAAUGUUGAAUAAUCAAUAUGCCAUAUAACGUAAAUUUGAGGCGUAAACGCGUGAGCUAUGGACUUGCUUUGCGUAUGAUUGCGCGUCGUGUCGUUUACGGAUAUUUGCUGCAAUGUAUAUAGUAUAUUUAUCGCUAUGUAAUUAUCGCCUUUGUAAUACAUUGUUUUAUCACUGAUAUUUCAAAUAAAUUUCGGACAUCUUGCAAAGCUGGGUAUAUACUAGCUAAAUGUACAAUAUAACGAACGAACAACGAAUGUAAACUUCCGUUUUACAAUUAAAAUAAAAUAUGUAUACCUCAACGAA